GGGGCCCGUGUGCAGGGCCGGCGCCCGGGGAGCGGCGGCAGCGGCGGUGGCGGUGGUGGCUGCAGGCGCAGGCAGGCGGCAGGUGCUAGAAACGGGGCUGGGCGAGGUGUGUGCCCGCUGGGCUCCCGGGCCGCCGCCCCCUCACUGCCCCGGUCUUUCCCUCCCUUCGUGCUCCCCAGCGCGUCCAGCCCCCUGCCUCCGCGCCUCGGCCCAUGGCGCCCCGCGGCUGAGACAGCGCCGCCAGGGACCCCUCCCGCGGGCCUCCCCGGGGCGUGCAGAUCCCAGAGCCGCCCGCCCACCCUCCGCGAAGCCUCCCUCCCCUCCUCGCCCGAGCCGGGCGGGACCAUGGCUGCGAAGCUGCGAGCGCAUCAGGUGGACGUGGACCCGGACUUCGCGCCGCAGAGCCGGCCGCGCUCGUGUACCUGGCCCCUGCCGCAGCCUGACUUGGCCGGCGACGAGGACGGAGCGCUGGGCGCAGGGGUGGCCGAGGGCGCCGAGGACUGCGGGCCGGAGCGCCGGGCUACGGCCCCGGCCAUGGCCCCAGCGCCGCCCCUGGGCGCGGAGGUCGGACCGCUGCGGAAAGCGAAGAGCUCUCGGCGGAACGCGUGGGGGAACCUGUCCUACGCCGACCUCAUCACCAAAGCCAUCGAGAGCGCCCCGGACAAGCGGCUCACGCUCUCGCAGAUCUACGACUGGAUGGUCCGUUACGUGCCCUACUUCAAGGAUAAAGGCGACAGCAACAGCUCGGCCGGCUGGAAGAACUCCAUCCGGCACAACCUGUCGCUGCACACCCGCUUCAUCCGCGUGCAGAACGAGGGCACCGGCAAGAGUUCGUGGUGGAUGCUGAACCCCGAGGGUGGAAAGACAGGCAAGACCCCGCGGCGCAGGGCCGUGUCCAUGGACAACGGGGCCAAGUUCCUGCGCAUCAAGGGCAAGGCGAGCAAGAAGAAGCAGCUGCAGGCGCCCGAGCGAAGCCCGGACGACAGCUCUCCGGGCGCGCCCGCCCCGGGGCCGGUGCCUGCCGCAGCCAAGUGGGCCGCCAGCCCCGCCUCGCACGCCAGCGACGACUACGAGGCUUGGGCCGACUUCCGCGGCGGCGGGAGACCCCUGCUCGGGGAGGCGGCCGAACUGGAGGACGACGAGGCCCUGGAGGCCCUGGCGCCAUCGUCGCCGCUCAUGUACCCGAGUCCCGCCAGCGCGCUGUCGCCGGCGCUAGGCGCGCGCUGUCCGGGUGAGCUGCCCCGCCUGGCCGAGCUGGGAGGCCCGCUGGGCCUGCACGGCGGCGGCGGCGCGGGGCUGCCCGAGGGCCUGCUGGACGGCGCGCAGGACGCGUACGGGCCGCGGGCCCGCACCGGGACGCCAGCCUACUUCGGCGGCUGCAAGGGCGGCGCUUAUGGCGGGGGCGGGGGCUUCGGGCCGCCGGCGAUGGGCGCGCUGCGCCGCCUGCCCAUGCAGACCAUCCAGGAGAACAACUUCGGGGGCCCGCCCGGCGGCCUCCUGCUGGACGCGCUACCCGGGCCCUACGCGGCCGCCGCCGCCGGGCCGCUGGGCGCCGCGCCCGACCGCUUCCCGGCCGACCUGGACCUCGACAUGUUCAGCGGGAGCCUCGAGUGCGACGUGGAGUCCAUCAUUCUCAACGACUUCAUGGACAGCGACGAAAUGGACUUCAACUUCGAUUCGGCCCUGCCUCCGCCGCCGCCGGGCCUGGCCGGGGCCCCGCCCCCCAACCAGAGCUGGGUGCCGGGCUGAAGGCCGCCUCCCGACCCCGGGCGCCCCGUCCCGUCCCCAGGGGGCCUCUGUCUUCCCAUCCCGAUUCCCGGGUCCCCGCCCCCGACUCCAGCUCCCCAGGAGGCGGCCCCAGCCCAGCUAGAGACCCCUCUCGGAGGCCGGCCGCCGGGGAGGGGGAGGGAGGGGCCGGGGCACCCCACUGCUCCUGCCCACACUCCUGAGAUCCACCCCCUCCUCCUGGGCAGGAAGCCUGGGAGAGGAGGCUGAAUUCCAGGCUGGCCGGGAGUAGGGAGGAGCGGGGUGGGCCGCCUGGUGUGGACGGUGGUCGGGGAAGUCAACUAGGAGAUGGGCCAGGGAGCGUUGACAAAUCUUCAGUUUCAUUUGCGGAGCCCUAGCCGUGACCCCGCGCCCACCCCAAACAUGAAUCUGAUUCCCACUUGACACUUUCCCACUGGUCUUAGUCUCACCCACCCGAAGCCAGCAACCCUCUGCUGAAAACACACCUACCUAAAUCCAUCCACCCUGAGCAGCCCUCCACCCCCAAAUCGCCCUCCGACGACCGCCACCCCCACAGUUCAGUCUCCCCCUCCCAUCCCCGCCGGCCCUCUCUUCUCCCCUCCCCCGUCGGAGUCAGUCCCUCUCUUCAACCGCCCCCACCCCCCAGUACCGGUCUCAGCUUCUCCAGCGGGCCUCAGCCCCGUCCACCCCCAACCCCGACGCCCCUUUCUGCGCGCCAGUUCUGGCCCUUCUCCCAUAUUUAUAAGUGUCCGGCCGGGGCGGGCGGUGGGCGCGGCGUCCCCGGCGCGUAUCGUAGGCAGUGUACCGUGGCCGUGCCGUCAGAGUGUGCGUGUGCGUGUGUGCCGUGUCGAGGCUGUGUAGAGUGCAUUGUACAGCAUAUUUUCAUGAAUAAAAUUGUUUUAAAUAUUU